GCGUCCAGGGGCGUGGUCUAUUUCGAUUGUUUUUAUCGUGCGCUGCUGCUGUCAGUGGCCGACGCGCUCCGUCUUUAUUUCGCCUCGCUGUGUCGUUAUGGAAGUCAGAGAGCGUUGCUGUGCGACACCAUAGGGCCCGGAUCUCGCUCCCAGGGCGGCGGGGAUGCGGCUUCACGAUGGGAAACGUUUUCGGCCGAAAGAGACGCACUCGAGUGACAGAGCAGGACAAGGCGGUGUUGCAACUGAAGCAACAGAGAGAUAAGCUGAAGCAGUACCAGAAAAAGAUCACCCUACAGCUGGAGAAGGAGCGGCUUCUGGCCCGGCAGCUGCUCAAGGAUGGGAAGAAGGAGAAGGCCCUACUUCUGCUCAAGAAAAAGCGAUACCAGGACCAGCUUCUGGAGAAGACCGAGAACCAGAUAGGCAACCUGGAGAGGAUGGUCCAAGAUAUUGAGUUUGCCCAGAUUGAGAUGAAGGUCAUCGAGGGGUUGAAGAUUGGUAACGACUGUCUGAAGAAGAUGCAUGAGGUGAUGUCAAUAGAGGAAGUGGAGCGAAUCAUGGACGAGACGCAGGAUGCCAUUGAGUACCAGAGGCAAAUCGAUGACAUGCUGGCGGGCUCCCUGACCCAGGAGGACGAGGACGCGGUGCUGGCUGAGCUGGACGCCAUUACGCAGGGCGAAGAUGUGUCCCUCCCUGAGGUUCCUAAGGAGGAACUGCCUGAGGUACCUAAGGAGGAACUGCCUGAGGUUCCUGCAGAAGAACUGGAGAGGAAGCGGGUGAAGACCAAGUCAGAGAUGCUGGUGACCUAACGGGACCUGCAGCCCUGCCGUCCCCUGCUUCCAGACUCCCCGUUGGAACUCGGGCGGGUGGCUCCUGUGGUGUAACACCCCCACCCCCCCCCACCCCCCCCAGCUCAGGGGCCAGUUAGGGAGGCAUGACUUUACUGAGAAUGCCCUCAGUGCUGUUAUGCCCUCUGCCAGUCCCCUUCCCCAUUCAGUCGUACCCCUGUUCUGCGUCAGACUGUGUGCCCCCCCAGCGCAUUCCCGGCUUGACCAGCUACCUGCUCCCGAUCAUUUGACGUGCACCAUUGCCUCGUCUGCCUGUUCUGCAGAGCGCUGGGUCCCUUUCCCAGCCAUGUGGGGGUUGAUCGUGUCCUCGGCAGCUUACCUCUGCCCCUGAAUAUCACCUCAUCGCUGCCUGGAUUCCCCCAGUGAAGAUGAUGCAGCCACAUCUGCCAGGAAGUGGGUUAGUGGCCUGCUGUGCCCUGGGCUUUGGGUUAGCAUCCUUUGGGUUGGUUACGGUGGUGCAGGAAGCAAACCGCUCGGUCUGUCUUAUGUUUGUUUAAGCCAGCAUGUUCUCAAAAUUAACAGGAUAUUAAGUGGUAUUAGUGGACCCCUGUAACUGAUGCAGAAUUCACUUUGUUUAACCCAAAAUGGCACCCCCCCCCCUCCCCCAGCUUUUUCUGUUUGUUACGGACUUGAGUAUAUCAUUGAGGAAUGUGUUUGAGGCUACAUUCUAACUGUUCCACUUCACUGGAAUUUAAUUAUACUGUGGACCUCCUGAUAACAUUGCGCUUUUAGAAUGUGUGCCCCCCACCCCCACUUUUCAGUUCCUCCUGCACAAUAAACGUUUUUAAUUCUUUCA